GCCUCUCUUCGUGCAAGAUAAAGUGUUUAUCGGAUUAGAGAAUGCCCCAUCCAAUUAUCCGGUACGAGAGAAAGUUUUGGGACCAGGGGACUGAAAGUGGAGCCAAUGUAACAUUGCGUGGAAAAGGGUCAGGAUAUAUCGAACCGACGUCAGGAAGGGAGGCGUUCGAACCUCUUCACAUUCAUUUAACGCAUCCUAAAACAGAAGGAUUACAAGCUGCUAAAACACUUGCUUUAAAUCUAGUUGAAACAAUUUAUACAGAGUUUGUUCAGUGGCAACAACAGCAGCAGCAACAGCAAGUAGCUGCUCAGUCUUUAACACAACCUGCAAUUGGUUAUCAAAGUAAGUUGUAUGAAUUUGAUUACAAAUAUUAUUAAUUAAAAAUGAAACACUUAACUUAUUUAAAUUAAUAUUCUUAAUAUUUACUUUAAAUAAAUAAUUUACAUAUUUAAAAACUAAUCCAGAAUUAUCAUAUAUGCCGGCAUAUAUGUUGACUUUCUAAGCUUGAAAAAUCAUUCCAACAUUAGGGAUUAGCUUAUAUGAUGGGUAUAAAAUGUAGAUCUUUACCACAGAAUGGUAAACAAGUAAAACAGAGUUACUAACAAUUGCUGUGCAUCACUUAUGUAAUUACAGCAGGCUACCACAUAUAUUUCUUAAUAAUACUUGUAUUUGAUGAACUUACUUAAAUUGUAGAAAUAAACACUGUAUCACAAGUUGUUUCCAACAAUUGAUGUACUGUAUACUACUGAUGCAAAUGAAGAGCACAUAAAAAGAAAUACUACCAUGUUAUAUCAU